CCACCGGGGAAACGGCCCUGGAGCGCCGACACCGCCUUCCCGCGCCGGCAUGAAGCCCCCGCAGCGGCGGCGGGCAGCCCCGGCGCGCUAUCUUGGCGAGGUGACCGGCCCCGCGGCCUGGAGCGCCCGUGAGAAGCGGCAGCUGCUACGACUGCUGCAAGCGCGGCGGGGCCAGCCGGAGCCCGACGCCGCCGAGCUGGCGCGGGAGCUGCCGGGCCGCAGCGAGGCCGAGAUCCGGGACUUCCUGCGGCAGCUCAAGGGUCGCGUGGCCCGGGAGGCCAUUCAGAGGGUGCACCCAGGUGGCCUCCAGGGCCCAAGGCACCGGCAAACACAGACCCCGGCCCCCAUCGAGGUGUGGAUGGACCUGGCUGAGAAGCUGACAGGCCCGCUGGAAGAAGCCCUGACUGUGGCUUUCUCCCAGGUGCUCACCAUCGCGGCCACGGAGCCCAUCAGCCUCCUGCACUCCAGGCCCCCCAAACCCACGCAGGCCCGCGGAAAGCUGCUGCUGGUCAGCGCCCCCGGAGGGCAGGAGGCCCUGGGCCCUGAGGCCCCUGGCCCCGCCCCUAAGACACAUGGCUCCACCCCUGAGGCUCCUGGCCCCGCCCCUAAGACACAUGGCUCCACCCCUGAGGCUCCUGGCCCCGCCCCUGAGGCCUCUGGCCCCGCUCCUAAGACAGUUGGCCCAGCCCCUGAGGCGUCUUCGGAAUCCCUGGCCGGCCCCUCUACUGAGGAAGAUUUUGCCGUGGACUUUGAGAAGAUCUACAAGUACCUGUCGUCCAUCUCCCGCAGCUGCCAUGGCCCUGAGCUUUCUGCAGCUGAGUCGGCUGUGGUCCUCGACCUGCUCAUGGCCCUGCCCGAGGAGCUGCCCCGCCUGCCCUGCGCUGCCCUGGUUGAACAUCUGGCAGAGACGUACCUACGCCUGACGGCCCCCCAGCCCGACCCCGCCAGUGGGGGCCUGGGGCCCGCAGCCGAGGAUGGCGGGACAGGCUCCGGGGGGGAAGAGGAGGCGGGCCAGGCCGUGCCCCAGGCUCCUGAGAAUGCCGGGCCCAGCGAGCCGAGAUCCACUUGGCAAGCAGCUGGGGUCUGUCCCCUGAACCCGUUCCUGGUGCCCCUGGAGCUUCUGGGCCAGGCAGCCACCCCUGCAAGGUGAGGGCCCGGCAGGCAGAGGACACAGCAGACAUCUGUGAGUCCCCUGGCCUCAGGCCUGCUCGGGCUGGCACGGGCUUGUCAGGAUCCGGUCACGGGGGAAGGUCCCUGGCACGAUGCAGCACAGAACGGAGUGGCCUUGGAGAUGCUCAAUACUGCGGGAAUCUCAAAAGGGGGAGCACAGUGGUACAGGGGUUCGCCCACGAACUCAGUGGGCUGGGGGAGGGAGCGCGUGGGGGGGGGCAGGCAGCUGGGUUAAAACCACUGUCAAAUACUGCCCCCAGUCCCUUCCUGCGUCCUCUGUUCUAUUCCUGUAACUGUCAAUAAAGUUCUUGUCAGUA